AAGAUGGACCCCAUGGACCCAACUCUGAUAGAUCUUACUAUACAGAGUCUACUGAGUAAUGAGCCUGUAACAAUGCAUGCUUUGGAGGCGAUCCCAAGAGCGCUGUUUGUUCCAUUGUUUAAUGCUGCCUUCGUGGGUGGGCAUAAGAAUAUCCUCACAGCAAUGGUGAAGAUUUGGCCUUUUCCCUGUCUUCAUAUGGGGUCAUUAAUGAUACAGGAUACACAAUAUGAACUCGUGAAAGCCAUUGUUGAGAGUCUUCAGAUCCUUCCUACACAGAACUUAGGUUCUUGGGGUCCUAAACUGAGGAUCCUAGAUUUGAGAGAGAACCCUGGCUACAAGAUAGUAUGCCCCCAAAGGAGUACAAAUUCAUUGGUCUGUUUUCAUGCUUGUACAUAUUCUGAACAUUCUAUUCUGAAAAGAGAAGCCCAGUAUACUAUUGCAAAUUCAGAAUCUGAGGAUCAGUCUGCCAAGAAGCCUAUGGAAUUACUAGUGAACCUUUCCUUCGAUAGUACCUUUAGAGAAAAUGAUUUUUUGACUUCACUCCUGAGUAAAGUAGAGCAGAGUUUAGGCUCCUUACAUCUGUGCUGCCGAAGUUUGCAAAUUGAUACAUUUUGUGACUGCAAAAUCGCUUUGAAAAUCCUGGAUAUGAAAUGCAUCAAUCACCUAGCAGUUCACCGGGCUUCUCUCACUGAAGUAACCCGCCUUUUGUCUCGGGUGGCCUGCUUGGACACACUUAGUCUGUCUCAAAUCACUUGUAGAUCUUUGAAUGGGAGAGUCUUUAAAAACUUUAUCACUCACCUGAAGCAUAUGGUGUACAUAAAGGAGCUCAACUUGUCUUCUUUCUGCCUCACAGAUCACCUUGAAAAUCUUAUGAGAGCCAUAGUACCUGGUUUGGAAUUUUUGAAUCUUAAUCUCUGUGGAUUGUCUCACAAUGAUUUCAAAUUUCUGGCCCAGUGCCCUCAGGUCAACAAUCUAAAACUUUUGAAUCUUAGUAACAAUCCAGUGGAUUGGGAAGAUUGUGAGCCACUUCACAAUCUCCUGCAAAAAGUCUCGGGUACCAUGAAAUAUCUAAUGAUAAAUCUCUGCCAUAUAACAGAUUCUACCAUCUCUCUUCUCCUCCCAGCACUAAGCCACUGUUCCCAACUCUGCAUAUUUAGCUUUUUCUCUAAUUUCAUUACAAUGCCUAUGCUCAUAAGAAUUCUUGAGCACUUACUACCCUUAAUGAAGUUGAGAUAUGUGAUUUAUCCUAUCCCUGUGCACUGCUAUGAAAGAUGGCAAUUCCAGGACAUUUUAGACCUACAGAAGCUUGCUGAAGUACAUGACCAACUGACGAUGAUACUAGAGGUGGCCGGGAGGAGUGACUUGAACUUGAUCACUUACUUUUAG